AUGAUCAAGAAAAUCGCUCAUCACCACGAGGAUCCAGAAGGCGAUAGUGCUUUCGCUGGCAGCCAAUUUCGCCGAACAUCGAACCUCAGAAGCAACGUCCUCGACAUCGUAAGACUUUUUUCCACAACUCGUCUGCGUGCAUCACACAACUCGUCUGCAUGCAUCCGGAUUUGCAGUGAUUUCAUUUCAUUUAAAACGUUUUUGGUUGGUUUUGCUAAUACUGUUGCGUUACCUAGUAUAUCGACUCAGUAUAGGGUAGAUCAAAGGUCGAAUAGAAUGCCACCUAAGGUGCAACGCUCGAAAAGAACUUCUGAUGGCUCUUCGCAGCUCGCUCCUGGUUCCAGUAGCGUUAGAAGCACGCAAACCACUCUUUCUGACUCAUCAAAUUUUGCUAGCAUGUCGGCUAUGGAGUUAUUAAAGAGCAUCAUUGAGCUCAACCAAGACCCUGCAAUUGAAAACAUGCUUAUAGCUCUUUCGGAGAAGAUCCCUAAGGAAUUUUCAGACUUCCUAGAGGGUGAUAAACGCGAGCGUAGCAUAGUUAUUGCAGGUCUUGAGGAAGCACAAGGCGAACUCCCUCCUUCAGCACGUCAGUCGGACCUUGAGGGCAAGGUGUCUAAAGUGCUCGACGCCUUAGAUGUGGAGUGCCGUCUAUGCGAAACCUAUCGUAUGGGCAAACCUAAGAUAGUUACAAACUUCCCGUAUUUUCUUUAUCGUUUGGACCGAAAGGAGCGCCGUGGUGGUGGAGUUUGCUGUCUGGUGAGAGGCAAUCUCCAUGUUCAUUCGGUUGACCGUGCAUCGCCUAACAAAGCAGAUGUCCUCUGCGUCGACCUUCUUUGUCCCCACAAUGCCUCACGAAUUCGCUUCAUUCUCGUGUAUCGUCCACCCAAUAUGAGCAAAAAUGAGGAUGAGGAACUUAUCGAUGUCCUUCGUGACACUAGGUCACGACUUCGUCUCCGCUGGCAAACUCUGAUCACUCCAUUGUUCGUUUCAAAGUACUGGGAGACUUCGAGUUACUCCACUGUCCCUCUUCCCGACUUCUUGAAUGUUGAUUAUAGAGGUCUUGACGGUUACUUGUCUACCGUUGACUGGCUCACGUUGUUUGACCAAUACGUCUCAAUGGACGAUGUGUACCAAAGGUUUUGCAGACUUCUAUAUCAUGCGUUGUCACUAUUUGUCCCUAUGAAAGUCCGAGAGCCUCGCCCUCUUAGGUACCCUCCGCAUAUUACAAAUUUGUUGACUCAGAAAGAGCGUCUAUUCUGCGACCUAGAAUUCCCGUUGAGCAGUUCGCUAUACAAAAAAGUGUGUUCCGAUGUUGACCGCCAUUUAAAGAAAUUUAUCGCAAGUUUAGAGCGUCGCCUUGGACGUCAAACUUCACUGAAGCGCCUUUACUCAUACAUUGGCAAUAAGUUGAAAUCCAAGUGCGCUUCUCCAGCUUUAGAGGAUCAGUCAGGAACAAAGCUUUGUAGCGAAUUUGCAAAGGCUGAAGCUUUGGGUAGGUACUUCGCUAGCGUCUUUUUAACUGCUGAUGCCCACAAUAGUGCUGAGGACGAGCCAAAGUGGUCGUAUGACUCCAUACGUGGUUUUCCUGAUAUUUAUUUCCAUCCUUUCAAUGUUUACACUGUGCUGAAGAACCUGAAACCUUCUAUUAGUGAACCUAUGGAUGGCAUCCCUCAAAUC